GUAUAAUUUUGUCUCUUUCCCCCGCUCUCUCUCCUCUCUCUCUCUCUCGCCGCCGUCUGCGUAACGGUCGCCACCCGCAUUCCCACCGAUCAGUCCGUUGCUUUCGCCGACGUCUCGAAACCAGCUCCUCUCGAACUCUCCCUGCAGUUAUUUCGAUUCCACUGCAUUCUCAGGAGGUGUGAAACAAUGAUUGGAUCGUUUCUAACAAGAGGACUUGUAAUGGUAUUUGGAUAUGCGUAUCCUGCUUAUGAGUGCUACAAAGCGAUUGAGAUGAAUAAACCUGAGAUUCAACAGCUUCGUUUCUGGUGCCAGUAUUGGAUUUUGGUGGCGGCUUUGACUAUUUUCGAAAGAGUUGGGGAUACUUUUGCUUCCUGGGUUCCGCUCUACUGCGAGGCAAAGCUGGCAUUCUUCAUCUAUCUCUGGUUCCCCAAGACUAGAGGAACUACCUACGUUUAUGACUCUUUCUUUAGACCAUAUGUUGCAAAGCACGAAAAUGAAAUUGACCGCAACUUGGUUGAGCUUAGGACCAAAGCUGGUGAUAUGGCUGUGUUGUACUGUAGGAAAGCUGUUUCCUAUGGACAAACUAGGUUCACUGACAUCCUCCACUUUGUUGCUCUACAGUCAACACCAAAACCUCAACUACCCAAGGAAAAGAAGCAGCCAGCACCAAAAGAGGAGGAACAGAAGCAACCAGAUCUUAAGACGAGCCAAGCAGCUUCUUCAACUCCUCAAGCUAGUCUACAAGGACCGAAACCUAAGAAACCACUGCUUCUAACCAAAGAACCUAUAGCGGUCAAGCCACGGAAGCAGCUGCAGCCACAACAACAGACAGAAACCAAGGAAGCACAACCCAGCGUGUCGCAAACCAAACUCACUCCUUCCCCACCGCCAUCACCUUCACCCGCCACUAAACCAAACGCUGAUUCUGCACAGCCACUAUCAACAACAGAGGCAAAUAAAGAAUUAGAGAUCGUUGCAGCGUUACCAGCGUCAGAGAUUCAGCGAGCGUCAUCUUCGAAAGAGGCGAUAAUGGAGGAAACAAUAAGGGUCACUCGUGGUAGUCUGAGAAAAGCUCGUUCAACGGGGAACACUCUAAAGGAAAAAAUAGAGCAGUAAAAACAUAGAAGUUCAAAACUCUUGUCUUUGUUUUCUAUGGUGACUUUCUUAUGAAGUCAACGUAAACAAGAAUAAUUGAUUUUGUUGGGAGAAAAUGGUUUCAUUUGUGUUUUAAUCAGAUGUAAAUUGUUGUUCAGACUU